AUGGCUCUAAGUUGUCACCGCCAGCAGGGCUGUGACUCCAGGGAUAGCGCCCCUCAUCUCCAGGACUUCCAGCGGAGCGGCACAUUCCCCCCAGUGUUUGGAAAAGCGCUUCACUCCCUUUCACGAAUUGGUGAAGAACUGUGGUUUGACCCAUUAGAAAAAGGACUUGCAUUGAAAGCAGUGAGUACUUCUAGAUCAGCGUACGCCUGCAUCUUCUUUUCAUCUUUCUUUUUCCAUAGCUACCAUAAAGCUUUUAUUCAUGAGCAAGGUCAAGGGGAUGUUCCUCUGCAAAUAAAAUGCAAACUUGCCAUAAAGUCAGUUCUACCUGUGUUUAGAUGUUUAAGUACAUUGGACAGGAAUGUGGAAAAAUGCCAAAUUUACAUUAAUUUUGGUUCAUUCUACAUGGUUUUUCAGUUGUUCUACAAAAAUGGGCUUACUAAAACUUACAACCUGGCUUAUGAGGAUUGUGAACCAGUACAAGCAGUGUAUUCCAAAUCCUUGUGUCCUAAUUUACUAAGGAUCCAAUCCAGGGCAUUAUCUGAUAUAAUAAUUCACUUUCCAUCAUGUCAGGAGGAAAUCACGCUUACCUCUACUCCUCACAAAAUUAUAUUGAAGACCUACAGUGAGGAAGAUCCUGGCUUUUCAAAGGCAAUGCACUCUGAAAUUCACCUAGGUCCUGAUGAAUUUAAUGACUUUCAAACUGACAUCAACUCUUCUGAAAUAACAUUUUGCUUGAAGGAAGUCAGGGGCUUCUUGUCAUUUGCAGAGGUGACUGGUGCAGCCAUUACAAUUCAUUUCAGCACACCAGGACAACCAAUAAUAUUCAGCAUAGAUGAUAUGGUAUUUGAAGCAAACUUUGUUCUGGCGACAUUAAAAGAAAGGGAUAAUUCAUCUUCUCGAAAAUCACACGACGCAGUUGUUGAGUCUUCUCCUGUCAUGUACAAAGGUAGAGGAACAAGUCCUUUGGCUAAAAGAAGCAAAUGCAAUGAGAGUUAUAUCAGUAACAAAGAAUCACCACUUGCUGUGUUAAUGACCGAGACUGCUGCAGAAAACUCAAACCUGUAUCUAACAGAAGAGUUGUUGCCUACUACAUCUUAUAACAAGUUUCACUCCCUGUUUUUUGGAGCAAUUUCAUCAGAACAGCAAGAUAAAGCAUUCUAUAGCUUGGCAACAGCAAGUGAUGAUGAGGAUGAAGGAUUCUGCAGAGGACUCUCACAGACAUUCUGA